AUCUUAAAGACAGAGUUUAUUGAAGGACAGUGAGAAGAUGAGUGAUCCAGAACCCUGCAGAAUUAAAGAGGAAGAGACUGAAGAGCAAACAGACUUUAUUGAAGACAAUGAGGAGAGUGACGAUGAUGACCUUGUAAAGGCUGAGAAAAUCCCUCAUUUAUUGACUGAAGAUGAUUUUGUAAUGGAAAAUGACCAGAAACAUUUCACCUGCACUCAGUGUGGGAAGAGUUUGAGAUCCAAACAAAGUAUCCAGUUUCACAUGAGGAUUCACACUGGAGAGAAACCAUGCACAUGCACUCAGUGUGGGACGAGUUUCAGUCAACCAUCAAGCCUUAAACGACACAUGCUGAUCCACACUGGAGAGAAACCACACACAUGUGAUCAAUGCGGCAAAGCGUUUAUGAGGGCUUCACACCUGGAGAGCCAUCUUAGAGUUCACACUAAAGAGAAACCGUAUUCAUGCUCUGAGUGUGGGAAGAGUUUUGCACAGCAGUCAAAUUUCAAACUGCAUCAGAAGACUCACAUUGGAGUGAGAGAGUACAUGUGCUUUGAGUGCGAGAAGACUUUUAUUAGAGCUGGGGAGUUGAAACAGCACCAGAGGAUUCACACUGGAGAGAAACCGUACAUGUGUUCACACUGCGACAAGAGAUUCAGACGUUACACACAGUUGUCGCAUCUUAAGAGACACAAGAAUAUCCACACUGGAGAAAAGAAGCACACAUGACAUCAACAUAAGCAAAGCAUUCUCUCAUGUGACGAAACUUUCGGGUAUCUUCAAAGCAUCCUUUAAUAAGAACUCCAUUGAAAGAUCU